UUUCCCGGAGAGAAGGGCGCCCCGCCCCGCCCCGCAGCGCCCCGCAGCGCCCCGCAGCAGGACCGCCUCCAGCAGGACUCCCUCCGCCGCUCCGGACAUGCAGCUGCUGGACACCGGGGUCCUCUGAUGAGCCGCGGCUGAAGAAGCCCCGCAGGGCGUCCCGAGCCCCGGAUCCCCGCUGCCGCCGCCCCGCGGCCCCCCUCCGGACCGGGGCCAUGUGCGACCUGCUGCCGGCCCCCCAGCCCGCCGAGAAGAGGGGCAGGAUGAGGAAGCUGAGGAGAACUUUGUCCGAGAGUUUCAGGAGUAUCGCCUUCAAGAAAGAGGAGAGCAGCUUUGAUGAGAUAUGUGUCACAAAGAUGUCCACACGCAGCUGCCAGGGAUCGGACUCGGUCAUCAAGCCCCUGGACACCAUCCCUGAGGACAGGAAGGUGCGGGUGCAGCGCACGCAGAGCGGCUUCGACCCCUUCGAGAAGCCCACCAGCCAGGUGAAGAGGGUCCACUCCGAGAACAAUGCCUGCAUCAACGCCAAGAGCUCGUCGUCCGGCAAGGAGUCGCCCAAACUGCGGCGCCACUCCAGCCCCAGCUCGCCAACCAGCCCCAAAUUUGGGAAGGCCGAUUCCUACGAGAAGCUGGAGAAGCUGGGAGAGGGCUCGUAUGCCACGGUUUACAAAGGAAAAAGCAAGGUGAACGGAAAGCUGGUGGCUCUGAAGGUGAUCCGUCUGCAGGAAGAAGAAGGAACGCCGUUUACAGCCAUAAGAGAAGCUUCUCUCCUCAAAGGUUUGAAACAUGCCAACAUCGUGCUCCUCCACGACAUCAUCCACACCAAGGAAACCCUGACGCUGGUCUUUGAGUAUGUGCACACGGACCUGUGUCAGUACAUGGACAGACACCCCGGCGGCCUCCACCCCGAGAACGUCAAGCUCUUCCUGUACCAGUUGCUGCGAGGCUUGUCCUACAUACACCAGAGGUACAUCCUCCACCGGGACCUGAAACCUCAGAACCUGCUCAUCAGUGACACUGGAGAGCUCAAACUGGCCGACUUCGGACUGGCCAGAGCCAAGUCGGUCCCCAGUCAUACCUACUCCAACGAGGUGGUGACACUGUGGUACAGGCCUCCCGACGUCCUGCUGGGAUCUACAGACUACUCCACCUGCCUGGACAUGUGGGGCGUGGGCUGCAUUUUCAUUGAGAUGAUCCAAGGAGUGGCUGCCUUUCCCGGGAUGAAGGACAUUCAGGACCAGCUGGAGAGGAUUUUCCUGGUCCUUGGGACGCCUUCGGAGGAUUCGUGGCCUGGUGUUAACUCCCUGCCUCACUUUAAACAAGAUCACUUCACAGUGUACAGUGCAAAGAAGCUUCGACAAGCUUGGAAUAAGCUGGGCUAUGUGGACCAUGCGGAGGAGUUGGCCUCCAGGUUCCUCCAGUGCUUCCCAAAGAACCGGCUGUCAGCCCAGGCAGCGCUGCACCACCAGUACUUCAGCAACCUUCCUCCACGGCUCUGGGAGCUGCAGGACAUGUCUUCUAUCUUCACCGUCCCAAAUGUGAAGCUGCAGGCGGAGAGCGGGGACAGCAUCCAGAGCUGCGCACGCCGCAACAGCCACGGAAAGGCGUCGUCUGGCGGGAAACACUGACCCCGGGCUUCAUCCUGCACCGACUGCCUCGCAGGUGGCCGCUGUGUAACGUGAUGAAGACGCUGACUGUGAGGAUGAAGACGAGUGAUCAAGCUUCCCCCUCCUUUUAUUUAUUCCCUUCACAUCAUGUGUGAGGAUGCUGUGUAGCUCGGUGUGUGAGGAAGGAGCAUGUGUGCACCAGGAGAGGUUCUCCGGAUAUCAGACGGUCAUCUGCAAACCUGUUUACUUUUUAUAAAGGUUCAAUAACUCACAUAUCAUCGUCACAGUAUUAACAAAAGGACUCUGCUAUUGGUACAUAUUGUGUUUUGUGUUUGUAACUAGCCUCGUAUUUAAGAAUAUAUAUUUGUCUGUAUGAUAUAACUCAUCUAGAAGCUAUAUAAUUGACAGUUUUUAUAUUUCUUAACCUUCCCAGAGCUGUACUAAUCUCAGCACUGCAGAUCCACACGGGAGAGAGAGACAUGUUGGAGACAGCUCCCAGGCAGACCCUUUCUUUUUUAAUUGAACUGUUCUCAGCAGAAAGCCAUCGUGUUCACAGUCAGUGUGUUAGCUCCACCUCUUCAGAUCAUCUGUGAGGAGAGCCACUCACUCAAUAACACAUCUCACACCCUCAACAUGUUCCCCUCCUGAGCGAAGGUCCAGCAGGACUCGCGUCUAAGAGAACAAAACAUUUAUAAAGAGCUUCUGUGGAGGUUUUGACCAUUCUUCAGAAAUGAAAUCAUUCUACUGUCUCCCUCAUUAUAGUGUCAGUGUGAGUGGAGAACAUGUUUCUGUUUACAUGGCAGCAUUUAUACAAGAGAUACGAAGAACUUUCACUGAAGUUCAUUUACCUUUAUUUGACCUUCAGUGGUUCAGAAGAAGAAACAUUCCCUGCUGAGAUGAUGAGAAAAAUAUCAGUUGUUACACCUUCCAAGGUUCUUUAUGCUUUCAUUUAUCUGCAUAACGACAGAUUCAGUAGAACCAUUCAUAGUUCGUCCCUCAGACAUGAUUUUGACUCAAAUCAACAAUAAGAAUGAACCUGAACUAAAACCAAGAACAACUAGCUGGAUGCGAGGAAGCCCAGCUGGAACCACAGCUGUAGAGGGGAACAUCUUCAGGGGGAUCCAUGUUGAGUAAAUGAAGGUUUGAUGAGCUUUAGGGAUCAUUUCACCCUCUUUUAGUCCACACUUUAUGCAUUGUUUGGAACUGAAAUUGUACAUUUCAAGACAAUAAUGGCCACAUUCUGCUCAUUUAUUUGCACAAUAAUAAUCCACGUGGAUGUUUUUACUUCACUAAAUGUUUUUGGUAAAUAUUCCGGAAUGUUUAUGAAGAAAAUGUUGAAAGCUUCCACAGACGUGUUAAACAUGGGCAAUAGAAACGCUGCGGUGCUUCCAUCCAUAUAGAUGAGCUAAAGAAUCCACAGAGACAAUCCUUUACUGCUUUUCUCUGGACCUGCAAUAUACGUCCUGAACACAGUGUCAUCUGCAUACGCUGAACACCUGACUGUGUGUGUGUGUGUGUGUGUGUGUGUGUGUGUGUGUGUGUGUGUGUGUGUGUGUGUGUGUGUGUGUGUCCUGUGAUGAACGGCUCAUCUGAUUUCAGCCUCUGUUAGUAGGAUCAGAUCCAGUGACCUUUGACCCUGAGCUGGAGGCUCGAGUGUGGCAGGCGGGUGGAUUCAGCUGGAGGCUGGCUCAUGCUUUCCUCUGUGAAGAGCAGAUGAAGUUAGAAUACUGCAUUGCUCAAGGGAAAGGGACAGCAUUGGAAUCCGAGGAGCUGGACUGUGGAGGAGAACUAACGAUUCUGGCUGAACUGAACUUCGAAAGAUGCACUUUAAAGAAGACUCUGGCUGCUCUACAUUCCAGCCGCUGUGGCUGCCGUCUGCUGACAUGAAGCCAGUGAUGAACACGUGAAUAUUCAUGUUCCCCUGCUGCGGCCGGAGCAGAGCGCACCGCCCCUCCCAGUGUAAAUAUCAUAGCUGCUGUUCAGACUGCUCACAGGCGGAGGAAGGCUGGGUGACGGAGGUCAAAGAGACGGAGGUCAAAGGGACGGAGGUCAAAGAGACGGAGGUCAAAGGGACGGAGGUCAAAGGGACGGAGGUCAAAGAGACAGAGGUCAAAGGGACGGAGGUCAAAGAGACGGAGGUCAAAGAGAUGGAGGUCAAAGGGACGGAGGUCAAAGAGACGGAGGUCAAAGGGACGGAGGUCAAAGGGACGGAGGUCAAAGAGACAGAGGUCAAAGAGACGGAGGUCAAAGAGACGGAGGUUAAAGUGAUGGAGUGUUGCUGAUGCUGUCCAGAAGUUUGCAGGCAGUUAGCAGAGUGAUGAUUCUCGGCUCUUUCACCUGGCGUGCACGCCGAGUGCAGCGCACGUGACUUGGUCCAGUCCAGCCUGAGUGGUGUGUGUGUGUGUGUGUGUGUGUGUGUGUUCAGACGUGAGGCUGCCGCUGGAGGCUUGGUGGCGUGCUGACGGGACGAGCUGGCGUUGAGCACUGUGAGGUGAAACAGUGAUGCUUCCAUCGUGGUUAACAGGGUCGUCGACGCUCCUCUCCUGCUGUCAGAGAGGCGGCACACAUGGAAAUACGUGGGGAAAUAUUCAAACAUCUAUUUUUGGGACUCUGCGAUGUGAGAAGGGAAAACAUACUUGUUGGAUUAAUUGUGCAUCCUUGCUAUGCUGAAAUAUAAGUCUAGUAAUCUAUAUUUGCAACUUUUUUUAAUUCAGCUUUUCUUGUAUUGUCUUUUUGUAUGCUGAA